AUGGGAAGAAGCCUUUAUUUGCUGGGAAAGCAUCGUGGAGCCAUAGAGGUGUAUGAUGAAGCUCAAAAGAUUUCUCCAGAUGACUGGGAGAUUUGGCACAACAAAGGUCUGUGUUACAUGUACCUUCGGCAAUAUGACAACUCUGUCGAGUGCUUCACCAAGGCGAACCAGAUUCAGAGACAUGAUGUCACCUUCAUGCAGCUUGGAAAGGUGCAUGCCUUGCAGGAGGACCACAAAUCUGCCAUCGAUGUGUACACUGAAGCGGGGCUAGACUUGCAAUGGUGUUGUGGCGCGGAAGACCGCUUGGCCAUGACACAGGAUUAUUUGGGGAAUGCCUUGACGCAUGAUCCCAAGAAUGCUAAAACGAUUCUAGCAGCUGGAUCGAUCAUCCAGGACCACUCUGACAUGGAUGUAGCGCUCAUCAAAUACCGAGUCGCUGCUGUUCACACUCCAAACUCAGCGCAGCUUUGGAACAAGCCCGAUACUCAACUUUGA